UCGUAAUUUUUUGUUGCCCGUCGGUAAAUUUUUAUAAAGCAAACGUGAGGAAAUGAAGCUAUGAAUUUUCAGGCGACUAGCUGUUGUCGUAUUUGUUUAAAAAGUGAGUUACUUAUGUCUAUCUAUAUUUACAGUCCAACGUUUCCAAUGAGACCUAUAGAAAUUAUAGAGAAGUUGAACAUUUUUAAGUACGAUGAAACAUUACCCGCACUUUUGUGUCAAUCAUGCCUAUACCGAUUGUUGGACGCCUAUAACUUGCAGCAGCUGGCGGAAGCAUCCGAACGUCGCAUACGUGACUUUAUCGGCAAUAGUGGUGGCGGUGGCGGUGGCCUUGGCCUAUGUGGAAUAAGCAUAAAUUCAAUCAACCAAGACUCCUCAACAUUCUCUUCAACGGCCGCGAUGGGUGAUUCAUGCAAGGACGCAGGCGUCACCGCAGCCAUUUAUGCCAACAUAUGCGACAUGUUCGAGCGAAAUAAUGUUCAAACAAAUAAUGUGUUAAUCGGCGAGAAUGGGUGUAUGGUGACAGGAGAAGAUAUGUUGAAUGAUAUUGAAAUCGAUGUUAGCAGUCUGACACGGUCGGAGGCAAAUGGUGAUACACUGAAUGAAGUUUUUGCAAGUAAACAUACAAAUUUCGGCGUUAUAGAAGCAAACCAAAACCAAAAAGAAGCAGAAACCGAAAAAACAGACAAUGUGGUAAAUAAAAAUAAAUUCCAGCCCAUAACAACAAACGGGAUUGAUGUACUUACACAAUUGCCAAAAAGGUGCUCCGAAUGUGGGAAGGUGUUCAAAAAUACUGAUUAUCUUGAAGCACAUGGAACGCAAUGCCCCUGUCAGCGUCAGCAAUCCUGCAACUUACUUUUGCACCAGCGCACAAAUACUGGCGAACGACGUUUCCAAUGUGAAAUAUGCGCCAAUUUCUUUACCACCUCCAGCAAUUUAAAAGCACACAAAGCAACACAUUUGGAGCAUCGCGAAUACCACUGCAGCCAAUGCAAACGCGACUUUAAGACACUCCGUGAAUUGCGUCGCCACGAGCCUGUGCAUAAAACAGUGAAGGACAAUGUAUGUGAAAAUUGUCAAAAGGCAUUCACGAAACGUAGUUAUCUGAUGGAUCAUAUAGCGGCGAUGCAUCGUGGCAUACGGCGACAUAAAUGUCUAGAAUGUGGAAAAGUAUUUGGCAGGCGUUCGAAUUUGGUUUCUCACAUUCGCAUUCACUCAGGUGAAAAGCCUUUUCAGUGCAAAUUUUGCGCAUGGAAAUUCAAUCAAUCAUCGGCCUUGGCGCGUCAUAUGAAAAAGCAUACAAAAAGCAAAGAUAACAACUUUGGUUUUAAAACUACAGAUCAAGUAUUAAAAAAUUCUUCAUUAAUAAAUAUUUUGCAACCACCCGAAGCGGUAGAAGCGAGAGCUACUGAUAUAAAUACAAUCAAUAUAUCGCCACAGAGUGGUUUUAAUGUGCUCAGCAAUAUAUCCAAUUUGGAUGGAAUGCAUUGUAUGAACACAGAGUGCUUAAACGCCGAUCUUGGUAACGUAGCAACAAAUACAGGUAAAAGUGGCGAGGUUGAAAUACUGCAAAGUAAUGGCGAAUAUGACUUCACGAAGAAUGGCAUACUAAAUUACUCUGCAAGUCAGCAAAUGUGUUGA